GAGCCUGGUGAGAAAGAGUACCAAGGAGACAUCUACGCUGCUUUUAGACCAGAUUUCUUCUCUCUCUGGGAAGGUGGGAGCUUUAUUUACAUUGCCAUGUAGUGUAAGCAGCGUAGUGAUCCCAUCCCCUGCCCAGCUGAGUACCAAGAAAUGGAAGGAAUAUAUGGCUAGGAAACCCAAGGUCAUUACUGUUCCAGAAGUUGAACUCAAAGGAGAAUCUUGCCGAUAUUAUUUCUUGCUACAAGGCAAUGGCUCUGGAGGAUGUAAAGCAACCCUGAUUCAUUCAGCCAGCCAGAUCAAUGGUACGGCCGCUCUUGCUGCAGUAAAUGGAAAGCUAAAGACAAAAGCAGAAGAAACAGAGUCAAGCUUUUGUAUUGCUGACUUUAUCGAGUCUCUGCCACAGUUUUGUGGGGAGGAGAUUGUACAGAGAGAAAAGAAACUGUCUCGUCUCCAAGUGUUUGCCUUGAAGGAAUAUCUCAAGAGAAAGGAAUUGACCGAGCAGCCUCCAGUUAUUUCUACUGAUGAGUUAAAAAACUUGUUAGAACUUACAAGAGAAUGUAUAUUGGACCUGUGCAACACUAGUUUUUCUAAAUCUGUUCUACAGAAGGUUGCAAAUAAAACUAGGUCAUGCACUGUGACUUCUGAAUCUGAUUUAGUGGAGCCAAAUCCAUUGGAGUGGCCAGAAAGACACGUUCUUCAGAAUUUGGAAAACUUUGAAAAAAACAAACAAAAAAUGAGAGUUUCUAUGCUUGCACAUUCAUCUGAGCAAUUGCUGGGACAUAAAGAUAGCCAACGGGAGUCAUUGACAUUGCUUGAUGCUAAAGAAUUACUGAAAUAUUUCACACCAGAAGGGCUACCAGUCGGUGAUCUUCAGCCACUACAAAUUCCCAAACGUGAAAACGCAUUCCUUUUGACACCAGAGCUUACUCCUCGGAAACUCAGAGGUUUGCCUUUUGAAAAAGCAGCUGGAUGCCAUUAUCAUGGACUUGAAUAUUGUCUAGAUAACAGAAGAUCCUUAGAGAGAGAUGUGGGAUAUGCUGAACUUCAAACUCGUCUUAUUCGCUACGAAACUCAGACUACUUGCACCAAAGAGUGCUGCCCGGUGCCAGUUGUCUUGAGCCCUCUCCCAUCUCCUGCAGUCUUGUCAGAGCCUGGAAGUGUCCCUGAUGGAGAGUCUUUACAAAGUGAAUUCAAAACGGAGGCAUCAAGGCUAAAACGCAGAUCAAAAGAUUUGGAUUGCUUUUAUCCCAAGAAAAGGCUAACCAAAUCUGAGAGUACAGAUUCCCUCCUCUCUCAGGCAAGCGGAAGUAGUGGGAGUCACUACACAGUUGCUGUAACGAGGAAGCGCUCUGAAAGAUCAGUUUCUUUAGCUUCGAUGCCAUUGAAACAGCCUGGUCAGCCCCAAAAAGUAACCACUAAGGUUGGCUCAGCAAGUCGUGUAAGUGUGACGGAAUCUGAGACUUCAAAGCCAGCUAAGGAAUCGAGAUCCCAGAAACAUACAAGGAUGCUGAAGGAGGUGGUUGCUAAGACUCUUCAAAAACAUGGAAUUGCAGAGGAUCACAAGUGCUUUGCAUCAUGCAGCCAGCGUCUAUUUGAGAUAUCAAAGUUCUACUUAAAGGAUCUUAAAACUUCUAGAGGACUUCUUGAUGAAAUGAAGAAAACGGCAAAUAACAAUGCUAAACAGGUGAUUGAAUGGGUUUUGGAGAAGACUGGCACAUAA